AGGGGGCGCUGCGGGCAGGCAGCAGCUGACUUCCUCCCAAGGCUGCAGGCGGCGGGGCUUCUGGCAGUUCUGUGGCCAUGGACGCCUUCCAGAAGGUGGAGAAGAUCGGCGAGGGGACCUACGGGGUGGUGUACAAGGCCAAGAACAGGGAGACAGGGCAGCUUGUGGCCCUCAAGAGGAUCAGGCUGGACCUGGAUACCGAGGGUGUCCCGAGCACCGCCAUCCGAGAGAUCUCCCUGCUCAAGGAGCUGAAGCACCCCAACAUCGUCAGGCUGCUGGACGUGGUCCACCACGAGAAGCAGCUCUACCUGGUGUUCGAGUUCCUGCACCAGGACCUGCGGAAGCACAUGGACUCCAGGCCAGCCUCCGAGCUCCCCCUGCAUUUGGUCAAGAACUACCUCUUCCAGCUGCUGCAGGGCGUGAACUUCUGCCACUCCCACCGGGUCAUCCACCGAGACCUGAAACCCCAGAAUCUGCUCAUUAACGAGCUGGGGGCCAUCAAGCUGGCCGACUUCGGGCUGGCCCGAGCCUUCGGAGUGCCCUUGCGCACCUACACCCACGAGGUGGUGACCCUGUGGUAUCGUGCCCCUGAAAUCCUCCUGGGCAGCAAGUUCUACUCGACCGCAGUGGACAUCUGGAGCAUCGGCUGCAUCUUUGCUGAGAUGGUAACCCACAGAGCCCUCUUUCCUGGUGACUCCGAGAUCGACCAGCUCUUUCGGAUCUUCCGGACCCUGGGGACACCCAGCGAAGCCACAUGGCCGGGCGUCACCCAGUUGCCUGACUUCAAGGGCAGCUUCCCCAAGUGGACCAGGAAGGGGAUGGAGGAGAUCGUGCCCAACCUGGAGCCAGAGGGCAAGGACCUGCUCAUGCAACUCCUGCAGUGCGACCCCAACCAGCGGAUCUCAGCCAAGGUGGCCCUGGCCCACCCGUACUUCACCACCGAGCACUCCCUAGCCCACCGCCAGUGUGGGCUGGCGCAGUUUAGCCCUUGAGAUGACCCACCGCCCCCCAAGGGGAACUAACCUGGGGGUGUCAGGGCUUGUCUGUGCCCCUGUAAUUUGCUCAUGUUUGUUUGCUUCUGGCUUUAAGAACAAUAAAAGUGACUUGUUUCCGA